GUAACAGAGAUAGUGGAGUGUCUGCGAAGACAAGGCCUAAUGUGUAUUAAACCUGAGAGUGAUAACCACAACUCGGCAUCUUCCAUUAAACUCGAGAAUGAAGGUAAGAGCCACCAGCAGUGUUGUGUAGAGUGUACAGCAACAACUUGUUCACUGGAGGAGCUGCUCAGUAAUGACCAUGUGCUCACUGUUAGUACACUUGGUAAAGCUGCCAUCAAAGGCAACAUUGACCUAAAGUUGGCCGGUCGUCUGUACAAGGACCUGUGUGUCGCCCGGGAGAACUUGGCACUCAACAGUCACCUUCAUCUACUCUAUCUUGUGACGCCCUACGCUGUUGUCUCCUCCGUCAAGAUCAUCCCCAGCAUCUUCUCCACUGCUUAUUUGUCACUUGGAGAAGAGGAGGUGAAGGUGGCCAAGCUUCUGGGCAUCACUGAGGCCAUUGUGGUCAAGCUCACUUUGGGCCACUACAGUAAGAAGAUAGGAGAGGAUGUGUUACGGAGGUUCUAUGUGGCAUUACUGCUGCACCACCUAUGGUCAGGCAUGGGCAUAUGGCAAGCAAGUGAACUGUUUUCGGUCCAUCGAGGCUUAAUACAACAGACCCUCACAUCAGCUACAGCUUUUGCAUCUUGCAUCUACCAUUUUUGUCAGGAGCUGAAAGAACUAUGGGCUUUCAGAGACCUGUUAGCAAACUUUACCCAUCAACUCUCCGCCUGCUGCUCGGCUGAAUUACUUCCACUGUUGGACUUACCAGCUGUAAAGAAUGGUCGGGCUCGGAUGCUCUACAAUGCUGGUUAUCAUUCUCUGCGAGAUAUUGCCAGUGCCAAGCCUAAAGACCUAUUGAGCAGUGUUGCCCAUCUUCCUCACCGGACAGCUGUACAGAUCAUUGAUAGUGCCAAGAUGUUACUCAUCGAGCGAGCUGAGACAUUACAAGGAGAGGCAGAGCAGAUGCUUUUAGGGCUAAACUAAUUUGUUACACCAACAUUUGAUGUUAGCCCUACCUUCAGCACCUGAUGUUAGCCCUACCUCUGAACCUGAACAAUAGUGUUAUGGUGCUUCUAAAAUCCAUCUACAAGAGGCACUCACAGCUGGUGCAUCACCCUCACUAACACCACAACCAUCUUAGAUUGGAUGUUGUCUAUACACAGCUGUCAGACACCUUUUCUACAGCUUCACCAGCACAAAGACCAGCUCCUUUUCAACCUCUGAAAUCUGUUAGGCCCUUUUUUUUUCUGAAAGCUUUUGUAAAGUACAGUCAUCCCUUGGUUAUAGCGCACUUGGUUAUUGCGAUUUUCGUUAUCACGCCCUCAUCAAAAUCGCCACACCUGCUGUUGUAGCACAUUUUUCAAGUCGAGAAUUUCGUUAUCACGCAGUUGCCUCCAGGUGUUUUUACCCAUUUGCUUCACCUACAUCUAUUGAGGAUAAAAUCUUUCACCUACAAAUUGGCAAUAACACAUUUGCCGGAUGAAAAUGGAUGGAGGUAACAAACCUUGAAAGCAGUUGUACAAACACAAGCACUCACGCAUGCCACUCAUACUGACAGACUUGACACUCACUUACUUGACAAGUUUUACCAACCAUAAAGACAGUUGAAGCUUUCAACAUCACU